UGCGAGAAAAAGUGAAGGCUCUUGGCGAAGCGAGGCGCACUCAGCAGCCUAGCAGUCAGCAACGUUUUAAUCGCCCUCGAGAGCAACUUGUGGCUCUAUGAACCAUGGCAAGCAAAGCAAGCGAUGCUAACAGCAAGACGCUUCUGGUGGCAGCUUUCGACUUCGGAACUACGUACAGCGGUUAUGCUUUCUCCUUCCGAGACGACCCCAACAAGAUUCAUACAAAUCAAAACUGGUACGCAGGCGGUGGGGCUUCGAGAUUAGUGUCACUGAAGACGCCUACAUCAGUUCUCCUAAAUCCAGACGGAGAGUUUGACAAGUUUAGUUUCGAGGGCGAGGACAAGUAUGCAAGCCUAGCUGAAGAUGAUGAGCACCACGGUUGGAGGCUUUUUCGGAGGUUUAAGAUGGUUCUGCAUAACAAUAAGCACUUGACGAAAGACGUUACGGUAGAGGAUUUUUGUGGAAAACAGAUGACGGCUUUCCCGCUGUUUGUCAUGUCGAUUAAAUACCUGAGAGAGCAUCUGCUAAAGGCAGUAACCAUGCAAAGGAUAGGAAUCGAGGAGACGGACAUCUUCUACGUGUUAACCAUUCCGGCUAUCUGGGAUGACAAUGCCAAGCAAUUUAUGAGAGAUGCAGCAGUUGCGGCUGAAAUCGACCCUGACCGCCUUAAGCUGGCCUUGGAGCCUGAGUGUGCCUCCAUUUGGUGUGAAACAUUGGGUACAGACGUCAAGGGCGCUGUAGCCAUUGCAGGAUCACAGUACAUGGUCGUCGAUCUUGGAGGAGGAACAGCAGAUAUAUCCGUACACGAAAGAAAACCAGACGGAACUUUGAAAGAAAUUCACAAAGCCAGCGGUGGUCCUUGGGGAGGCAUAUUUGUGGAUAAAAAUUAUAUGAAAAUGUUGGAUCGUCUGUAUGGUGAAGAAACUCUCAUUGACCUGCGAAAGACAGAACCUUCAAAGAUUAUUUUGAUAUCACUCGUGAAUUUGAGCACAAGAAACGAUCAUUUGAUACCGAAAACACAAAUCAUGUUGUUGUUCGUUUGUCUGUUUCAUUGCGUGAUCUUGCUGAUAAACAUUUCAAACAACCUCUAGAGGACAGAAUUGCAGCUUUGGACAUUCAAGAAGAUUCUAUAACACCGAAAGGUAAGGACAAGCUGAAAAUCGUUGGCACAAUUAUCCAAUCAUGGUUCAAAGGUCCAAUCAAUCUGCUGAUCCAGCAUAUAAAGUCA